AUGCUAGCAAUCGAAGGAACAGUACCAAAAAGCAACAAAGAUACCACCGACGUCAGAAUCACUUUCAUUCAGGCAGACAUAUCUUCGGCCAUACCUAACUUAGACGAUCCAGUGGUGAUCUCCAUCCAAAUAGGCGAACUAUUGGUAAGAAAAGUCCUCUUGGACCCAGGUAGUAGUGUAGACGUUCUCUUCUAUUCUACCUUUCAAAAAAUAAAUUUAUCUGAAAAAUCCAUGCAACCCUCAUCUGGAGAACUGGUAGGCUUCUCAGGAGAAAGGGUCCCAAUUAAAGGUUAUAUAUGGCUAAAAACGACACUAGGGAACACCCCAUUAUCACGAACCAUUGACAUACAAUAUCUUAUAGUUGAUUGCCCUAGUCCUUACAAUAUUAUUCUCGAAAGACCUGCUCUGAACAUAUUCAGAGCAGCAGUGUCUACCUUUCAUUUAUGUGUUAAGUUUCAGGCACAGGACGGCAAGAUAGAAACACUCCACUCAGAUCGUCAACAAGCUCGACAAUGCUACAACGCAAGCCUCAAAAGAUCAGACAAGGGGCAAAAAUAUCAACAAGAGGUUAAGGCAAUUCACAGCACGAAUGAAGUACUGUCCUUAGCAGAACUCGAUCCUCGGGAGGACACCCAAGAAAGGCCCCAACCAGCAGAUGAGCUCCAGAAAGUUCCCUUGACAUCAAAACCAGAACAAUUCACCUACAUCGGCCGAUCACUCCGAGGACAAGAACAAUUAGAGCUCAUAAAGGUAUUACAAGACAAUGCCGACCUAUUUGCCUGGACCCCAGCAGAUAUAUCAGGAAUAGAACCAAACGUCAUUUGCCACAAGCUCGCCAUUGACAGAACGAUCCGACCUAUAGCCCAAAAGAAAAGAAAUCUCAAGACAGAAAAGGAAAAGGCAGCCCUAGAGGAAACCAAGAAACUACUCAGCGCCGACUUCAUCAAAGAAAUCCGCUUCACCACAUGGCUCUCGAACAUAGUAAUGGUAAGAAAAAAUUCAGGUAAAUGGCACAUGUGCGUCGACUUUACAAAUCUCAACAAGGCAUACCCAAAGGAUGCCUACCCUCUGCCAUGUAUUGACAAACUUGUAGAUAAUGCGUCAGGUUUCAAAAGCUUAAGCUUCAUGGAUGCAUAUUCUGGAUACAACCAGAUUCUUAUGCAUCCAGAAGAUCAGAGCAAAAUAGCUUUUAUAACUGAACAUGGGAAUUUUUGUUAUAGAGUGAUGCCAUUUGGUCUAAAGAAUGCAGGUGCAACAUAUGAGCGACUAAUGGACAAGGUGUUCCGCCAAUAG